CCAGAGACGGUUCAUUCUCAAUGGCGACCAUAUUCUCACUCUCCUCUUAUCGCUUCUUCGCUCCGAUCCGCCACCACCGUGCUCCGGUCCAACCCAGACCGACGUUGAGUUUCUCCGGCAAGCCGAAAUUGCUCCCUCUCAAAUGCUCCUCCUCAUCUUCCGACCAAGAAACCGCCACCGAUUGGACCUACAACCUCCUCGCCGGGAUCGCCGGUACCGGAUUCCUUGAAACCUCAUACCUCACUUACCUCAAGCUCACCGGCGCCGACGCUUUCUGCCCCGUUGGCGGUGGCACCUGCUCCGACAUCCUCAACAGUGACUACGCCCUCGUUUUCGGUGUUCCUCUUCCAUUGAUUGGGAUGGGUGCGUAUGGGUUUGUUGCUGCUCUGAGUCUUCAAUUGGCUACGAAGAAAUUUCCAUUUGGGAUUGACAAAUCCAAUGCUCAGUUAGUAUUGCUUGGAACCACAACCUCCAUGGCAGCUGCUAGUGCAUAUUUUCUUUACAUUCUGACCACAUCAUUCUCUUCCUCGUCUUGCUCUUACUGUUUACUCUCUGCUCUAUUGUCCUUCACCUUGUUCUUCAUCACACUCAAGGAACAUGGAUUGCGAGAGACUUAUAAACAACUGGGAUUACAGUUAUUUGUUGCUAGCUUAGUUAUUCUCACGCUAAACACCUCGUAUAGUGAUGCUAAAUCUGCUUCCUCCAGCCAGGCUAAAAUUGAGCUGCCAUAUUACGCAACUGAGAUUACAACUCCAUCUAGCCCUUUUGCACUAUCUCUAGCAAGGUAUUUGCACUCCAUAGGAGCUAAAAUGUACGGAGCUUUCUGGUGUUCGCACUGUCUGGAACAAAAAGAGAUGUUUGGACGAGAAGCGUUCAAGCAAUUGGAUUAUGUUGAAUGCUUUCCUGAAGGAUAUCGAACAGGAACUAAAAUGCUCGAGUCAUGCAUAGACGCCAAAAUUGAAGGUUUCCCCACUUGGAUUAUUAAUGGCCAGGUUCUAAGUGGUGAAGUAGAACUAUCGGAGCUGGCCCAAGUGUCUGGUUAUGAGGAAUCUGUUCAACCUAGUUAAGGCUUAAGACUGAAAGUAAUAAAGCGCAUGUUUUGAAAUCCUUCUAUAAUUGAUUCUAUAGCCGAAAUCAAUUAUGCUGAGAUGCUUUUGUGAGUUACUACUAGGUGGCAGAAUUAGUUCAGAGAAAAUACAAAUUGAUCCAAACACGCUGUGAGAUAGCUUGGUAGAUGAACACAUGUAUAAAUUCCUUUAUUAUAGAUGAGUUAUUGUACAGCUUAUAGAUGAGUUGUAUAAAUUCCCUUUCUCUACAGUAUUAUGCUGACUAAGAAUGUCUUUAAAUAUUUUUUUGUUCUUGGUA